AUGUCCACCAUCACCCCCUCCCAAUUUGCCACCCUCCACCCCGUCCACCACCUCAUCCUCGACGAGCUCAUCGCCUCUGCCCCUCUCUCCGUCCUCACUCUCUGUUCUUCUGUGCACCGACGAACGCUCCCCGUGCUAUAUGCCGAUAUCUGCGCCUCGCCUGCCGUAUUCAGCGGCCUGCGACUGAAGGAAGGGUACGAGAGAACAGUCGAAGCUCUCAAAAGCACCAAGACGAUCAGAGUCCGGGACUUUACCAGUAUCGAGGCCCUUUAUUCUCUCGCUGGUGCAGAGCGCGAACAAGCAUCUGUAACAUCUCCUUCAUCCCCUGCCAACAAUUCUCAUCCAUACCCCCGCCGAUACACCAAUCUCUUCCUCAGCCUCGAUAGUCUCGAGCUUGAGCUCCCUGCGCUGGAGACAUCAAAAGGCCCUUUCGUACCAGCGACAUAUCAUGGGUACCUCGAGCAGCGCGAAAUCCUUGCGCGCCCUCCAGAAGAAAGUAUGGAACCACUCUCGCACUUUUCGGUGCGACGGCUCUCCGAACAGCUACCGAAUGGUGUCCAGAAGAUUGUCUUUCAUCUGGACGAAGGUGGAUCCGAUUAUUGGCACGAGGUCCGCCAACAUCUACUCUACCAACGCCCGCGCGAAGCCGUCAUCAUCGUCAAAGGGACCAUCUCGGCAGAUGGUGCACUGCUACGGAGGUUAUUUUGGAAAAUGGGUUUGUACCUGCCUACCGAGUCGCUCAACGCCGAGCGUCUGACAGUUUUCGUCGACACCGAUAAACCCUUGGACCAGAACGAUCGAGAUCAAGUGCAACGUUACGUGAUCCCUGUGAGCGAGGCGCUGGCAGAGUAUGCCCAACGUCUUGCCUGGCGCAUCAGACAAGAGAAUCGGGCGUUAGCAGACGGAUAUGUGGAGAUGAGAUUGGUCGAUCAUGUCGAAAUCCACAUGCCCCUUUUUGGGCGAGUGCUCGAGGAGAUGUCUGAAGAAGGGCGAAAGCAGUUGUAUCAGCUCGUGAGCGAUGGGAGAUUGGUAGUGAGAGAUCGUGAAGAGUCGCUGGCGGAUGGUGUGUAG